AAAGUGUCGAAAAUCUUGCAAGAUGCUUUUUUCGACUGUUUCGACUAUUCCUCCAACGAUCAUUUCCCCAUCUUGACAAAUUCUGGUAUUCGGUACACCAAGGAAGUUCGGGAGACUCACCCCGACUUCACCUCCUUCAUGAAAAUGGUGCCUACACAACUUCCGACGUCACCUGGCGACCCUCCUAAUUUAGUCGACACUCUCCCUGAGAAGUAUAAUGUACGGGCGUACACGUUUUCGGAUGUUGUGAGAGAACUACAGGGAAGGACUUUGCAAGAAGAAGAAAUGAUCGGUUGUCUGCGAUGGUGGGUCAACUUCAUAAGUUCGCUUGAGGACGAUGAAGAGAGAGAAAGAACCCUCACAUUCCUGUCGAGUCUGGUAGAUAAUGCCACGUCGCGAAUUGGGAAUUCGAUGCGUAUCAUAGAACUCCGCAAUAUCACCAAGUUUAUCGAUUCCAAUAUUUGGCUCCCUUGGCUUCAGUCGGACGAUGCUCUUCCCCCAGACACCAUCCCGUUUUCGUUUACCCGGAGUCUUGACCGACGAUACAUCUCCUCAUCUCUUUUAUGGCAGCCAAUGACACUUGUGGACUGGCUGAGUCAUUUGAUAAGCCCUCAGAUAGACGCAGCCCAUGACAUUCGCAAAAACGUUGCAUAUUCCAACCGUGUCUUGGGGGUUCUGGGGAACAUCUGGCCCAUGAUGUCCAGUGACAUGAAAUCCCAGGCAAAGGAUCUCAUGCAGGACGUUCCAUGGAUCGCAACGAAUCUAGGAUUCCGGCCCCCUGGUGGAGCAUAUUUCCCAGAAGCAGACGUCUUCCAUGAUCUGCCUGUUGUCUCUGUCGGCCUGUUUGAUCCACAGGUUCCCAUUGUACUUGGCGAGCUCGGGGUCAAGCGGCAUCUUAACUUUGAAGAGUUAUUUGCCAAGGCAGACAAAUUGAGCACGUGGUCUGCGAUGGAGAUGAUCAGAUACCUCAACACUGAUCCAGACGCCAUGGAGAGGCUGGAGGAUAUCAGGAAAUACCCCGUCUUCCCUUGUGAUAAAGGCAGGAAAUACUGCAUCACUGACUUGUACCUUCCACAUGCGGAGAUACGUCCGCUAGGCCUACCAAUUCUCGAUUGGUCACGCAGGAUCGAUAAAGAUUCUGAGGAUGAGCAACUUUUGACUGACAUGGGAUUCCUUCGACACCCGCCUUUGGAGAAACUCAUUGAGAUUGCUGGAGACCCCGAUCCAAAAGUUCAACGUGCUGCCUUCGGGUACCUUGCGAGCAAGUUCGAUGAACUCUAUGAUACAGAGUAUGAUCCUUCGAAAUAUGACGAUAUGCCGUUUAUACCAGCUAUGCGAGACGGCCAAGAAUGUGUAGGCGCUUACGAGGAAGUUUAUUCUGAUUCGACAUGGGCGUUGAUGGGGUUCCAGACAGUCCAUCCUUCUGUCGACAGGAAGAUCGUCGGCCGACUGAGGUUGCGGGAAGCACCAUCGGCAAGACAAGUGAUCGAGGUCUUUAAGACCAGUCCGCCCAAGGAUGAAAACACAGCGGUCAGAUGGUUCGCCUUUCUCGCAACAAAGCAAGUCCUCUCUCCUGGAGACCUUCAGCAAAUCGCCGAGAUUCCUAUCGUCCCUGUCGUAGAACCUACCUCACAAGGCCAUUCCGUUAAGCCCCGCCUGGUGCCACCUCGGGAGUGCUUCAUCGGUGGUAGUCAAUAUGUAAAUGAUCACCUUUACCGGCGACUGUUUACCUUCGUCGACUUUGAGGAACGUGCAAAUCGGUUUCUGAAAGCUUGCGGCGUCAAAGCCAAGCCGGAUUGUUCUGACAUCGUCCACAUACUAAUAAAGGACCCUAAGGAGUUCCUCAGAAAAGCUGGAGCAGACCCUGAUAAAUAUCUUGUUGAGCUUCGUGGAAUUGCGGUCGGGUAUGAGGGGCUUUCCGAAGAGGAUAAGAAAAGGAUGAAGAAUGCACCCAUAUUCGUCGGCUAUCGCACCUCAAGAUCCUUACAUCCAGAUAACUCCACUCCCGUCGUCAGGGACGAAUUCCAACUUGUUCCAGCAUCUAAGAUUCUGCUCGCUGAUGACAUGGAAAACCGCCGGAUCUUUGGAGAGUUUGUCUGGUUGGCUCCACAGGAUGAGCUGCUCGAAAAGCUCUACGAAUCAGUGGGAUCUGGUUAUUUGAGCGCCCAUAUCAAAUACAACGUGAAACCAACUAGCGAGCAACAUAAGUGGCCUCCCUGCGAGGAAGUCCGAAAAGCGAUUUUGGAGAAGUUGCCCAUCUUUAUGCAUGAGUUUGAUGAGCAACGUCUCAAGCAAGGCGCGGUGCACCGGAAGUGGGAUGAUAAAUCACGCUUUGUCGUGAAAGGAUGCAAAGAUCUCACAGUGGACAAGAGACUUGAAUCUAAUUACUGUAUCUCUGAUGAAGAAGAUAACGGUCGUGUUGUGCUAUGGCUCAAGAAAACAGAACACCUUGACAUGUAUGACGUCGCUGUCGCACUUUGCCGUCUGCUUUUCAAGACUCAUAAGAAGCACGAUGUUCUCAGUUUGAUGACCAUAUUGGAGACGGACAAGGAGGUCUUGAGGAAACGAGGCUACGAUGUGGACAGAAUCGAGCAAGCUCACGAAGCCGCUAAACUUGAGGACAAGGAAAAGGAAGAAAAACGCGAAAGGGAAGCACGCAAUAAGCAUUCAGAGGAGUCCGGCGGAAUGCGGCAUAGUGGUGGCAACAUUCACUUCCGGUCCAGAUUCCUUGACUUCUUCAGGUGGCAGUCAGGAUCUAAGAACACCAGUCAAGUUGACGUCGAAGAAAUUGACGACGCGAUCAAAGAAUUGAUGGAACAGUGUGCCAAAGGACAGGCUACCCCACAGGAACAAAAAGAGAUCCGAAAUAAAGAACACAGUGGUGCAGGCAGGAAGCGAAAAGACGUUCAAUACUGUACUGAACUAAAGAGCACCGCUCUUGUAUCUGUCGAUGUGGGUGGCGCUGCCGGUUUAAUACCCGUUUGGCGACAAAUCACCGCAAGUCAGGCAAUUCCAGGCGAAUUGACGGACUUUGCAAACAUAGUCCAUGGACUCAACGGAGUUUUGAACCUAAGUAAUAAUGAAACCGGCAUAUUCAACAUCUUCUGGCAUCCAGAGGAUCGUGAUUUGAUGGGAUUCAAUCGCAACCGGCUGGUUUUCUUGAACCUUGCACACUACACGAAACAUCUAGAUAUGAUGCCUGGUCAGGCAUACAUUCACUGGUUCUAUAUCAUUUUGCACGAGAUAGCCCACAACAAAACGCCUUUCCACGACGAACAUCACGAGUUGUUGGUUUCGGGACUAAGCGCCUGUUUCCUGCCACGUCUGCACGACGUGCCUGAGGUCCGCCAGUAUCUCAAUUGCGCAAACAUUUCAUAGUGGAUAUUUGGCUUGGUUGCCAAGUAUAGGACUCUAGGGACAUAAGGUGUAUUUCUGAGCAGUAUUAUUCACUAGCUUCGCCAGUA